AUGUUCGUCGAUAAAGAUCAUUCAGUUUAUGUAGCAGAUACUUUCAAUAAUCGUGUGAUGAAAUGGAUGAAAGAUGCAAACGAAGGUAUUCUUAUUGCUCCAGGACAAGUUUCUAAUAAAAAUCCUGAUACAUUGUUACAACCCGCAGGUGUGAUUGUUGAUCAUAUAGGUAAUAUAUAUGUGUCGAAUGGGGAAAGUCAUCAAAUAACGCGUUGGUCGCCAGGUGAGUUAGAAGGUACUUCUGUCGUUGGUGAAAAACAGCGUGGAAGUGGUCCCACGCAGCUCACACAUCCAUAUGAUUUAUCAUUUGAUAAACAGGGUAAUCUUUAUGUUGUCGAUAGAGGCAACCAUCGAAUACAAAAUGGUUAUGUCCACCGUGGUAGAUAUGAUGAAUUAAUUAAUAAAGAUCCGAUACACAAAUUGAAAAAACCAUAUAUAACUGAAUAUGGAGGUAAAAUUAAAUAUUCAUAUAAGCAAUAA